AUGUUCACGAACGGACGAAGACAGCUGGAGUGCCCUGAAGCUCACUUUCGCCAGGAAACGCUGGCUUAUCUCAACGGCGACAGCACCGUUCUCAACAAGCUCCCGGCUGUGAAAGCCAGCGCGCUACGCAAGGCCCUAGACUCGAAGACCCAGGUAGUACGCCCCAAGUGCAGCAAGUCCAGCCCGCCAUGGCGAGCAGAGAAGCAGGCUGGGCGGGCACGCCCAAGCCAUGGAAUCACAGCAGACCAAGGCGCGAAAGGCACGACAACGCCGACACUACCGCUUGUGGACGACAAGCCUGCCUUCGCUGAGAUGGUGCAACGCGAGCUGCCUUUCAUCAGCAUCCACUCGACCCCACGCCCCAGGAGUGUUCAUGAGGUGUCCGUAGACGACCGUUCCCGUCACCCUAGCAUCAGCGGAAUCGGAACCUCGAGUACUCAGCUGGCACCGUUCCUCCGUAUGGAAGCCACACGGCGCUCCGUGUUCCCGUCCUGA